AUGAUGAAAAACGUUUUACUAUAUUAUAAUAUCACUUCGCAGUUCUUGAUAAUGACUUAUUCACGCACCAUUUGUAGUGUUCUCCCACUACAAAUAGUUUUUUCAAGCCGAUCAUUUAACACACUAAUUUCAACCGUGAUGGAUGUAAUGCAAUCCCUUGGAAACUUCAGCGAAAGGCUUUAUAGGAAUAUUUUGAAAAGAAACGAGGGUUACUUGGAGAAUACAUUUCUCUCUCCUUUCAAUAUCUAUACUGCCCUUGGAAUAAUCCUCUCUGGAAGUGCAAACAAUACGAAUGCCGAGUUAAUAAAAGCUAUGCAGUUACCUGAUUGCUUGGAACAGGAAAAAAUCCACAGUGCGAUUGGUGAACUUCUGGCUGAUUUUUCGAAGCCUGAUGAGAGUGUUGAGAUAAUCAUUGGAAAUAGACUCUAUGUAAAUGAGGAUGUGCGAGUUGAGAAACGAUUUAAAAAUAUCAUCAAGCAGUAUUACAGUGCACUGACUGAGCAUGUGACGUUUCGGAAAGAUCCUGAAUGUGCUCGGAGUCGAAUUAAUCAAUGGGCUAGUGAACAUACCAACGGAACAAUCCAAGAACUCAUCCCACUUGAUUCUUUAUCGCCUGAAACGUCAGCCAUUGUACUAUCCACUACAUACUUUAAAGGUUCAUGGAGGCAACCUUUCCCUAACGAGAAUUCACACGACAGCGAUUUCUUCAAACUUGACGGAUCAACAAUGAGCGUGAAGUUAAUGUGUGAUGUAUCCUAUUUCAGUAUGGUCAUCUUACCACAUUUGGAAUCGCGAGCUAUCAAGGUACCGUUUAUGGAUCCGAAAUAUGUGUUAUUAAUUGUUCUUCCAAACUCAAACGAUGGAUUGCCAGACUUACUGAAUUUAAUGUGUGAAGAUGGUGGGAUUUCUUCGAUACUCUCCCGUAGUUUUGAAGACACGCUAUUGAAUUUAUAUCUGCCUAAAUUUAAGCUCAAAGAAGGUGGUUCGUUUAGUUUAAAAGAUUAUUUAGAACAAUUGGGAAUAAAGGAUGCAUUCAGUUCACUAUCAGCUGACUUUUCGAACAUUUCCGUUUCGAAGAAAUUAUGUGUAACAGAUGUUUUACACAAGUCUUUACUUGAAAUUGAUGAGAAAGGUGUCAUAGCUGCUGCAGCCACGUUAUUUAUGCUCGAUGGAUGUAGCUUUAAAUCUUCCGAACCUGAGGUAGAAUUUCGUGUUGAUCAUCCAUUCUUCGUUUCGAUUAUCUGGAAUAAUACUCUACCAAUAUUUGUGGGACACGUUACGACUCCACUGAGUGACUAG